AUGAGCUCACAUCUACAGGAUCUCGAACAGCUUCGACAGGAUGCCGAUCGACUCGCCGAACGCCUGCCACGCUCUGCUACCAAAGAUGAAGCCCUUGACAUCGCCAUCAAAGCAGCCGAGACUGCAUUCAGCGCCCUCAAACUGGUGAAAGACGCUAAUGAGAAGGCCAGCUAUACAGCCAAAGCGAAGCAGUUGAUGCAAGAUGCCGAAACCAUUAAUCGUAGUAGCGACUGGAGGCAGGCAGUGCAGCAAGCUUCCCAGGUGAGGAUGCUCACAGAGCCCGUCAACUCGCGCGAACUGUCCACCAAAGAGCGCAUUAUCCUACUCAGAGGGGGUUUUCUCAAUGGCGUCAAGUUUCCAGAAUGGACCGGCGCUCCUCCUGCCAGCGAGUUCGAGCUGGAAGACGGUGAGGCAUUGUUUCUCGACGAAGCAUCCGAGCUGCCUCUAUCUGAAUUCCAGCUGGACGUUCUGGAUGAUUGGAAGCGGCCCCAUGAGGCAUUGCCGCCUCCGUCAUGGCCGAAAGAACAGCACGACUCUUCUGGACCAAGCAUGCUGAUUUGCCAAGACACUGACCUCGUACAAGAUGCGGCAACUGACUGUUCGGUUGUUGCGUCGCUUUGUGCUGGGGUCGCCAGGACACAACGCGGCCACCCAAGGAUGAUGCAGGCGGUUCUGUUCCCCUACGAUCUCGCAAGUUCGCGACCAAUCCUGUCAAAGAAUGGAAAAUACAUCGUACGCAUGAACUUCAAUGGUUGCUAUAGAAGAGUCGUCAUCGACGAUAGAAUCCCGACAAGCUCGACAAGCCGAGUGAUCCAUGUUGUUGACAGGAACAAUCCUUCAUUGCUGUGGCCAGCGCUGAUCGAGAAGGCAUACCUCAAGGUCAGAGGGGGCUAUGACUUCCCAGGCAGCAACAGCGCCACCGAUUUGUGGAUAUUGACAGGCUGGAUCCCAGAACAAGUCUUCCUGCAAGAGGAUGACCUUGAGCUGGACCGAUUCUGGAAGCGCAUUUCCAAUGCCUUCUCUUACGGCGAUGUGCUCAUCACCAUGGGAACCGGGAAAAUGUCGAGCGAGACGGAGAAGGCGCUUGGACUUGCUGGCGAGCACGACUACGCUGUGCUGGAUCUACGAGAAGUAGACGGCCAACGAUUACUCCUCAUUAAGAAUCCAUGGGUCGAAGGCACGAGCUGGCGCGGUCGAUUCAAAGGAGCUGCGGGAUCUGACAAGCCUCCCGCAGCUUCAGACUUGAUCCAGCUGGAAGACGAUAGCGAGCCAGUUCAUUCGCCGCGGGAUCUUCUGAAUGUGAAUGAGAAGCUGAAGCCUGGCACUUUCUGGAUGGACCUCGACAAUGUCUUGCAAAACUUCGAGUCGAUGUAUCUGAACUGGAACUCUGGCCUUUUUCGUCAUCGUCAAGAUGUGCACUUCGGUUGGGAUUUGUCUGAAUCCACGAAUGGUAGCGGCAUCAAGAAGAUGAGGGGACCCUCAUUCAGCCUUCAGCACAAUCCUCAAUUCACUGUCACUACGACUAAGAAGAGCGAUAUGUGGAUCCUGCUCUGGCGCCAUUUCCAGAACUCAGUACCAGAGCAUGCAACAUCAGACGAGAUUGAAAGCGGACGCCAUCACAUCGACUUGACUGGACACAUUGCCCUCAUAGCAUUCGCGUCACGCGGCCGCAAAGUUCUACUCUCAGAGAAGUACCUGCAGAAAGGCUGGUUCGUCGAUAGUCCACAGACAUUGCUCAAGCUGGAGGAUUGCGAGCCAAACGUCCCUUAUACGAUAGUGCCGCUCGAACAAGAACUCCCAGCCACCAAUCACGCCUUCACGAUCUCGACAUUCAGCAAUGCACAGAUGAAAGUGGGUGAGGCUUCACCUCGCUAUACGCAUACUUUCCCAAUCACAGGCUCAUGGACCAAGGAGACAGCAGGCGGCAAUGCUCAGCACAUGUCAUAUUGUGACAAUCCACAGUACUCGCUGGUUGUGCCGAACAAGACUAGUAUUUGCUUGCUUCUUGAGAGCUGCAACGAAAAGCUGAAUGUGCACGUCAAGCUACUGCACAGCAACGGCCAAAGAGUAUUCCGCAUCCGAAACCGGGACAUCAUUGUUGACAGCAAAGAAUAUCGUCCAGGAUGCUGCUUGGCCGAAUUUGAGGAUUUGGAACCCGGGCAGUACACCAUCAUCUGCAGCACUUUCGAGCCCCAGCAACUGGAUAGCUUCGCCCUGCAGAUAAUGUCCGCACUUCCUGUCAGGGCGGUACUGCUACCACGGGAGGGUGCUGGCAGAAUUCGUACAGAGCUCAGUACUGUCGCCUUCAAGCAAGGCGAAAGCAAAGUCGCCGCACCGUUGGAACCAGGACGCUUGGUCAACUUGUACGCCAUUGCAAGACAUCUCGACCACCAGCAUGCUGGCAACACAACCACACGACGGUCCAACCACUCUCACAUCCGACUGAGUAUUGAGCUUGGAAGAGGUCCGCAACGUCGAAUCCUCAUUGCAUCGAACAACGGCGAAUACUCAGACAGCGGCGGACCUGUUCGAACAGAUGCAUUCGACUUGGGACCUGACUUUGUCAAGUACGGCUAUCGCGACUGCUGGAUCGUGCUGGAUCGGAUGUAUGUCAGUUCGGAGGCGCAAGAGGAGCGGUUUGUGGUGGAGUUGUUUGUCGAUCAGCCAAAUUCGCUGGAGUGCGGAGUUUGGAGAGCGUGGGACGAUUGA